UAGGAAAGAAAAAGAUACUUGGAGUACUGACCCAGAUCCCUGCUUCCUUGGGGAAUAAUGGGGACCUAGAAGGCUGAGCUGCCCCUGCCUUAACCUCCCUAUUCACCCACCCUUAGCCCCUCCUUAGCAUCUUUCCAUCCUCCAGCCCCUCUCUCCUGAUAGGGCAGCUGCCCCCCUCUCCCCUCCCCUGCUCUCCUCAGCUUCAUGCGGUUUGCAGUGAUGCAUUGUGGGAAACUCCCAAGUUUUUUUUUUCCCCCCUCUUCCUUCCUCCCUCCCUCCUCUCUGCGGAACAUCCAGCUUCCAAGGUGCGACUUGUGCGAAGGGCCUGAGGAGAGAAGGGUCUAUAUCAUGUCCAGAUAAAAUCUAGUGCCUGAGGUGAGAAACAACCUGGGACAACGCCAUCAAGGGGUUAAGGGAUCUGUGUCCUGUGUCCUUCAUCUGGUGAGGGAAGCAUUCUGAAACCUUCCCCAAGAGCCUGCUGGUGAGGUCACUUCCUCAUAACCCUGGUAGGGAUGGAGUCCAAAGGAACCACACGCAGUGGAGGCAAAUCUGACAUCAAGGCCACCAGCACAGGGAAGCCAGAGAAACCCAAUCCUGGGCCUGCCACAAAUGCAGACAAGAAGGAGACCCCCUCCAAGGAGCAGCCCGCCCCUGUCCCCACCACCACUACAACGAAGAAGGCAGCCAGCGAGGCUGCUGUGGCAAACAACCACAGCAAUCUGAAACCUAGCUCAGCAGCCACGGAGACCCCAGAGGCCACCAGCCAGUCCUCUGACUCUGAGCAUAAGGGAGACAGCACCGAGGAGUCCCCAGGCAGCAUCUUCGACAAUAUGAAGCCCUUGAUCGUCGUUGGAGGGGUGGCAGUGGCUGCUAUCGCUGUGAUUCUGGGUGUGGUGUUCCUAGCCCGGAAAAAAUGAAGACCAAGAAAGGGUGGGGGAGAGGAACCGUAUCAAUUGUACAGCUCUUUUUGAGAAAAAUGCAUGCAGUAAAUUCUAUACAUAUCUAUACUUAUAUCUAUAGAGAGAGAGCUAGAUAGGCAAUUACAACACCACCACCAACUCCAAAAGGCUUGCUCAAGACAGAUGUGCCCGUUCAACCUAAGUGUGGGAUCACCAUGCACUCAAUGUGUUCUCUCAUGUAAUAGAAAUUGGCUUGUACCACUGUGUAUUGAUUACAGCUUCUCCUGAUCAGUGUAAAUGAUGGUGUCCCCUCCCCGCCCUGCUGUCCUCUCCAGAAGAGUCCUCACUUUCCCCAUUUUCAAGUCUACAUCCCAUCCAAAGUCCUCACUUUAGUAUUUGGUUUUUUCGGUAGAGUUGUGGUAGAGGAGAUGAUGAAAGGAAGGGGAAUAGUACUGAGACCCAGUUCAUUCAUUAUUGUGGUAUAUUGUUAAUAUAGCACUCCAGGUGUAUGUUGGAUAAGAGGAGGCAGCCCCUUGCUCAGACAGCUUAUAGUGAUAUCUAAUGGGUACACUGUGCAUCUAAUGCUCAUCGACCUACCUUAAAAGAAAAACCAAGCAAAGUAACAAAAGUAUACCAUAGCCACAGGCUGAGAUCCCAACAGGACAUAGAGGCUUGUGGAUCUCAUGGAAAGAAGGCACCCUUUCUCUGCCUGAGAUGCAAACCAGGGCCAGGAGCAGCUACCAUGAAGCUCAAGGGGCCAGUGUGAUCCACUGAGAUCUACAGUGUAGGCUGCAGUCCACGGAGACCACAUGCAAAGCUGGAAGCCCCACUCUAUCUUUAGUCAUACAAAGGACAAUUUCAUGCCUUCAGGACCCCAACAAUUUGUCAACUCAGAGAAGGUUAUAAGGGCAAAGUUUGGGCAGUCCCUCUCAAGAGAAUGAGGGGGGAGAUAUUGUUUAGGCCACAGCAUUUGACAAACUUGAGCUGGCCUUAGUAGACCUUUAAGGACUUGCACCAAAUCCCUCUGUAGUCAUCCAGAGUCUUUCCAUUAAUUUUGGUGGGUUUUGGAUCAGGCUCUUUAUUCUAGGGCUUUUCCAAAAAAGGCUGACCUUUCCCCAUCAGUUAAGAAUGUUAAAGAAAAGGAAGACAACCAACACCUGGCUUUCAGGGCAAGUGGCACAAAAUAACAUGGCCUUUUUAUGUCAGGAAAACCAUAUGCCUGAGUGGUAAAAACAGAUUUGUUCUAGAAAAGAUUUUGCUUCUUUCUUUCUUAAAUUUACCAGGAAAAUAUGAGACAUCCAUGGUUUGAAAAUGGAAACAAUUUCCCAAUGAUCAGGUGCAGAACAGCUUGGUUUUGUUAUUGAGGAACCCGAAAUCUAAAAAUCAGACUGUAAGGAAGGGAGGAAUGAAGAAAGGGUGUUGAGAGAGUGGUGGCUUGAUUUAACACAUUCACUCAUGUCCUUCUUGUGACAUGGAGAGCACUGGCCAUACACAGUUAUUCUGAGGGCUGAGUGACCUUUUCAAAUCAACAGCAUCCAUGAGGAGCCACAUUUCCUGCUGCUCUUGCCAGAAUCUGUAAAUGAUUUUUUUGCCAAGGUGUUGUUCUUAAAAGGGGUCAGAAUAGAAUGACAUAGAAUUGCUGGAGCAUGACAGUGAUACCUGCUCUUCCAUGAGUCUGCUAACUAUGAGUAUUAUGCCAGUUUUGCAGAUGGCACACAAUAACCAGAGAAAAUGGGUUAAAUUCAGUAGGGAGGCAUGUAAGGUAUAUAUCUGCAAGGGACCCCUAGUAUAAGGAAGUCUAUGUGGUUAUAAGGAGGAUGUGAAGGCACAAAAGUCUGCCAAAAUUCUUAGUUCCUUGCAUUAUCCUCUGAAAUAUCUAGUGUAACCACUAUGAGACUAGAUGGUCCAUGUGUAUGGUCCAGUCAGGCAAUUCAUAUGUUUCUGACCCAGUUUCCCUAGAAACACCUCUGAAUUCAGCCUGCUAAAUACCCGGGGCUCACUUAAACUAAACGUUUCAGCACAGCUUCUUUACAAAUUCCUUUGUCUUCCUACCAGGGCCAGCAUUUAAGAUAGUCUCUACCCUGCAAUUGCAGGAUGCCUAAAGCUGGGCAAGGGUCCAUGUUGUGUUAGGCUCAUGUUCUUAUAAUGGUUGUCUCAUAAAAAAUAAGUGCCCAAAACUAAACCUUUGCAUGGACACCCUGCCCCUCAGUGAACCUCAUUUUUCACCUCUGCUGCUCAACAGGACUCCCAAAAUAUUCCCAGGUGUCUACAACCUCCAUCAGUGUAAAAGGUUAUCUCUUAAUGCCCAAAUGGUUGUGUAUUUCUGAGUUUUUAACUUACAUAUAUGUAUAUAUUUGUUCUUUUCCAGUGCACAGACUGAUGCAAUAUAGUCAGGAUUGCGAUGCUGAUGAAGUCAGUGCUAACAGCUGCCAUGUUUAAAGUCGGUGGGCGUGCUAGCACACUUUCUCUUAUGUUGUUAUUUCCCACUUUAAAUAUUUACUUUGUAAACCACUCCCUUCUUUAAUGUUACAUGAGAAGCCUAUGAGAAAGCCAUAGUAAGAAUAUACUAGCUAUACCAUAGGAGGACUCCUUAUUAAUAUCAAGCCUUGUUGUUAUUGACUGCUUGUUUCUUGAAUAGCAUUUCCUUGCUAUUUUUUCUCCAUGAUGUGUUGCAGGUGCUCAGAUGUUAAAUUAUUACUGUGAAGCUGGGGAGGGCAAAAAAAUGAAAAUGGAGAAGGAGACUCAGUAGCAAGCACCAAAUAGACACAUUUGAGAUGGUGAAGAGCUAGUAACAAUUAUCUAGUCUGUCCACACAGUCUGUGGACUUGUAGUGUUGAUAAAGCUGAAAGAUUUCUAGUUUCAAAUGGAAAUGACCUCUUCAAGAGGUACAUUCCUCUCUGUUAUUCUCCCAUUUGGUUAUAACGUGCAUUUACCAGCAGAGAGGGUGUGGAAAGACUCAUAGAUUUCCCACUCCCUGCUUUGACCUUCCAAGGCAGACAAAGAAACAUCAGAUGUUUCCUGAGAGCCUCUCUUUUGAUUUUUUCUUUUUUCUUUUUAAACGUGUGCUUAAUUUGGCUGGAAUAGUCUUGGGAAAACCAAGGGAGGAAAUGUUGUAAGAUGAGAUGGGCCUGAGCCACAAAUUUUCCAUCCACAUUUGAACAGGUUUCCAAAACGUUCAAAGGCAAGAUUUGGAUCCAGGUCUUUCCGUAGUGCUAGAGCAGUAAGUUGAUCUUGAAAAAGGAUGGGGAGAUAAUUGAAACAUAGGAGAUGGUGAUGGGGGUGGGACUACAGCUUAUCGUCUUAAAAAAAACCCUUGCCUUGCAGUGGUAUAAUAGCUUAUGUCUAUAAGGGAAUCAUUCACUUAAUGGCAUUGCUGGACACUGUUCUCCACUGUCAAGAAUCAUUCUGCAGAACCCAGGCCUUUUGCUAUUACGAAACACCUAUAUUUUCUGUGGAUAUGUAUACACCCCCUGCCCUCUUCAAGUAUGCUGCAUAUAUAUGUAUAUGUAUGUAUAUUUGUGUAUAUACAUAUAUAUAUAUUAUUGCUGGAUUGGUAAAGCCCCAAUGACGCAUAUUCUUUUUCUUUAAAAAAUGUGAAUAUCCUUUAUUUGUUCACUGCAUUCAAACAAAGUGUCCAUGUUCUCACUCUUUCUCCCUCCUCCUCCCCUCCCCCCCCUUCUUUGGUAUGAUUCAUAUUUCUGCCAUGAAGGACCCCAAAAUAUUUUUUGAUCAUGGUUUCUUGCCACUAAAAGAAUAUGUAGCUAACAAACCGUUGAAUGUACAGUACCCCCAUUGCUCUAGAACAGUGGUUCUCAACCUAUUUCCCAUAGUGGACCACACUUGCAGCUCAACAUGUUUCAUGGGCCGCACCUACACAACUUACUUCCUGUGUAUCCAUUUUAAAUAUGUUUUCAUAGGAUGUCAUAUGGGCCACAGCAAUGUGCUGAUUGGGCUGCAUGCAGCCUGCGGACCACAGGUUGAGAACCACCGCUCUAGAAGCUGAAAAUGACUACACCUUCCCUCCACAAAGGAGCCACUUGUGUGACUCACUUUGAAAAAGGUGUUUCCUCUUUUAGAAUAUUUUGGAAUGUACUGUAAUGUAUCAUAGUGCUUAUAAGAGUGUAGAACUAGUGUUGAUUUGAGUCAGAUAUAUCACAAGUAGGUGCCAUGCAGGCUUCUAAACACACAGCUGUGCCAAUGCAUUCUUGUCCUCGCUUUGAACUACCCGUCUUUAGGAAAUGUCGUCUGCUAUGUCUUAUUGUGCCAGGCUGUUUGGUGGUUUCAUGUAGGAGCAAAUCCAGUGAGAACUAGACUGAGAAGAGCAAGUUCAUUUCUCUAGGAAACUGGAGACAGACUGAAACUCAAGUUGUUGAGAAGUGAAAGGCGAAUGAAUGAACUUGCUAUGCUAAAUAAUUAGUUGUCCUGUACUGCAGCAGCACUGAUGAUCACAUGCCGUUGUUUGCUUGAUGUUAUUUUUGUGUUGUGUUUGUAAUAUGAGGUCCUUAUAGUGAGGAGUAUGGAUUAAAGCUCAAAACUGAUAAGAUUCUGUGCUUGGGAUUUGAAGGGAUCUAGAUUGCUAGUUUACUCAUUUGAUUACGUUUAUAUAUUAGAAAUCUAAGAAACUAAUUAUACCAACUUUGCAGUAAAAAAUUCAGCAUUCAUUAAAACUUAAUAACCAGUUAUGAUCUGGUCUGUGUUGUAGGCACCACACCUUUCCGCUUAAUGCAAGGUCGUGGUUUUUAUCUCCUGGAUCAUUUAGUUUUCCCUCUCCAGCUGAAAUUGAACAUUUUUUCUUCCUCUUCCCAUUGACUUAAAUGUCCUUUGGAUCAUUUCCUUUACUCUUAACAGAUUUGCUGUGAGCUGGAGUCAAAUGUAGGAGCCCACGGGGUACUGUGACCAGUGGUGGCCUUAGAGGGGAGCAAAGUGGUUGACCGCAACCACACUUUAGAGGGCCCCAAAAUUUUGCAACAAAUGUCUGGCUUGCUUAUAGAUCAUCAAAAUUAAGCCUCUAAGGCAGGUUAAAUGACUCUUUUGCCCAGGGCCCCAACAACCUUAAGGCUGCCACUGCUGUGACAAUAUAUUUUCAGCGUGGCAUGAAUACAUUCUAUUAGGUGCUUUCUCCCUCAUUUAGGCCUUGCUUCACUAAAACACUUAAAAACAUGCUUAACUUCCUAAGUUAAUUCCAUUGAUAUCAGUGUUAAUAUUAGCCAUGAGCUUAAAGUCUUUGUUGAAGCAAGGCUUGAGGGGCAUCAUCAAGAAACCAGUGAAGUCCAGGGGAGUCUUUCCAUUGAUUUCAGUAAGUUGUAGAUGUAGUUCUAGAUCUAGGUUUGAUAACCAGUAUACAACUGUAGGUCACUCUAUAGCUGAAAACUAAAGCAGUAGCCCACAUUUAUUGUGAGAUCCCUGAAAAUAUUCUGUUCCUUCUGCUAGCCGGGAAGGAGGUCUUAUCUGGGUAUCAGCUAACAAAUUCCAUGCUUACAUCUAUGCCAGUAUUUUAACUGAUGCUUGUCUAACAAUAUAAUAAACUAAGAAACUAGAGCUGAUACAAAAAGAAGGGAAAAUUUCUUUCCCCUUAUUUCUGAAAAGUAAUUUAAAUUUAAAAAAAAAUGUUGGCCAGCUCUAUAGAUGGUUAGAAAGCAAUUAUGAGGUUUUGACAUACUUUUUCCCCUUUUUUACAUUUAGAAACUUUGCUGAACAGUUAAAAUAUUAAAAGUUUCUACCUGUUUUAUAAGAAAAUUCAUGUUAAGGUUUUCUGUAAGGGAAUAUCAGCAACAAUGGGGAUUAAAAAUAGAGAAAAAGUACCCAGCACCAUUCUUUUAACCUACCACACGAACUAAACUUUGGCAGAGUACUCUGGUUUGGUCUAUUAAUUUUUUAUCAUCUGUCCAUUCAUUUUUUGUUUCUUCUGAAGUGAAUAUGAGGAUUAAUACUUACUUCUAAACUGAACAAGUUACACUUUGGUAAUUUCUUUGCAAUGUAUGUUCUCAUUACCCUUAUUUGGUUGUUAAGGGUACAGUUUAAAAACCAUAACCUUAAAAAAUUCUCAGAUUUAACUGCAUAAGCAUAAUAAAGAGAUGAAGAGAGACUGCAAGAUUACCAGCUAAGGACAGCAUAUUGAGAAGAUCUUUUUGAGGAUCCUGUUUCUGUCCUUAUGAUGUGCCAUGAAAAUAUGCUAUGAGAAAUUAAAGCCUAAUCAAUCCAUUUUGUGAUUCACUGGUUUCUAAAUCAGGUAAUCAAGGGGCAAAUUCUAGUAGCUUUAUCCAGGCCAAGAGCACUUUUCUCUACAGGUAAUCUUGUUUGCACAGGAAUACAGGAUGAGAAGGGACCUCCUACAUCCCCAAAACCAGAAUUUUGCUAUGGCAGGCAACCAUUUCCAUCUCAUCUUGUUCAUUGAUUUACCAAGUUCCACUUUAGGAGUCACAUGCUCCUCAGUGUGAGGAGUGGUUGCAUCUGGCAUAAAUGACCAAAAUUAUAUAUCAAAAUUAAAAUGGGAGGGUAAGUCAUGAAGCUGGGGCUGAACUGAAUAGAAUUGCCUGGGAUUUAGACCACUGGAGUUUGGUUCUCAUGGUGAAAUGCACUUAUGCUGAGGAUUUGUGCUAAACUCUGUAUAUCUCAUAUCCCACAAUUCCCCACCUGAAAAGUGAGGAAGGCCUUUGUGUUGAGUCAUCCCAAGGGAUGACGAGGACGAAUGGUCACAAACUACUACAAGAUCGUUUCAGGCUGGACAUAAGGAAGAAUUUCUUUACUGUCCGAGCCCCCAAGGUCUGGAACAGCCUGCCACCGGAGGUUGUUCAAGCGCCUUCAUUGAUGAAACUGGGUGCUUAUCUUGCUGGGAUCCUAUGACCCCAGCUGACUUCCUGCCCUUUGGGCGGGGGGCUGGACUCGAUGAUCUUCCGAGGUCCCUUCCAGCCCUAAUGUCUAUGAAAUCUAUGAGUUAAAUUCACUCUUAAGGAAUAACAAAUAGAAACAUUAGGUCUGCAUCUUUCAAAUUGUCCUCAUGUGCAGCACUCACUCAUUUCAUAUUCUAUCUGCUGAGGAUAACUGAUCCCAUGGACCUCCCAGGAGGCCAUAAGUAGAGAAUGUGAAGAGUAUGCUUCCAGAACUAUACAUCAAAUAUUACUGCUUCAUUUACACCUGCUGGGUUACUCCUUCCUGAAAUCAUACAUCUAUAUUUUGAAAAAAUCUCCAUAAGCAAUCUGAAACCUUAGACUGGAAUUACUUUUCUUGGCCUAUCAACUUUAAAAACUCUUCCUCCCCAGUUCUGAGUCAAUCUUUUUUUAAGCAAAUACUGAUUUAAUACUGUUAAGAGCACAUUAAUUUUCUUUCCUCGUCAUGGAGCAUAAACUGGGAAACCUUAGUUCUUGUGUUUUGCUUGUGGCAGAUGACAAGGUAACAUUUAAUCUUGACAUAUCAAGCAGGUUAUUGUUCCUUUCAGAGGGCUAGGUUGAUACUUUUGAAUUCAGGGGUACUAGUCAUGAUGCAAAGUACUGUUCAACAUAAGGAGAUUGCAGUCUGACUUGGAGACAGCCCAGGAAAGGCCACGUGUGUCAUUCCAUCUAAUGCCUUGACUGGACUGCUUGAUACAUCAUUUCCAUUCCUCAUUUGCCAUGCCAAAGAGUCUUUAAUUAUCUCUAAUGAUGGAGCUUUGAGCCUCUGCCCUCGAGAAACUAUUUUCACUGCACAGUAGCUCUAACAGUUAAGAACUUUUUCCUCCUUUGUUUCAGGUCAUUGCUCCUUUUCCAGCAGUCCUCUGGGAAUAAAUUGGUCACAGCCUAAGGAAGGUGUGGGAUCUUUUGCACUGGUAAUUUUCAAGAGGAGACAGGAUAACCAACUGUCUGGAUGUACCUAUGUUGAAAGGGUUUUUGUCAGUGAACUUUGAGGGCUCUUUCAACCGUACAAUUGCUGACUGACUACCAUUAAUUACAAGAUAGUCAUAGACCAUGACCAAAUUCCCUCUUAUUUCCCCAUAUCUCUCUUCUGCAUUACACACACAUGAUACUCAACUGGAAUAAAAUGGCAGAGCUCCCUGAUGUCAGUGGAGUUACCUUGAUAUACACUACCUGUACAGGUCUUUUCUUAUCCUUGGUGGCUUGUUCUCCAACUUUUGAAACAUUUGUCUCUUGCCGUGUCUUCUCACUUUCCUGUUAUGUUCUUAGGUAGCUUUCCAGGUGCGGUUCCCCCAGGGCUCUAUGGAUUCUUGUGCUCCUCACAAAUGCAGAGGCAGAUUUUUUUUUUACAGUCCUCCCAAAGACAAGCCAAAGUUAAGCUGACAGAUAUACAUAAGUGUCUUGAUGGCACAAGGGGGGCAUGCACAAGCUUUUCAUCAGCUAUUGGUACUAGAGGUCACUUGUAAGUAUUAAGGCCCUAGCUUGUGAGCUGCUGCAUACCUUUUACUCCCAUUAAAAUCAACAGAAUUUGGGAACAUGAAGCACCUUACACUAUUAAGAUAGUAGUUUGAGUCUCAUUCUUGUCCUCACAAUUGCAUGUCAGGAAACCAUGGGAUAACUAUCAGGCUCUGCUCCACCACCCAAAUUCCCCCACUCAAAUACUAGGGAUUGCAGACCAGGACUGAGGUCUUCUGGCAAAGCUGUGUGAGGGAUGCUGGCACAAUUCCUGCCUGUACUGCUCAUGCCACCAUUGCUCAUGCCAGCACUAUUGGUUCUUGAGCACAAAGAGGCCAGAUUCCUGGUCUCAGUUCCCCAUUCCAGGCUUGGAAAAUCAGCUAAUGUGAAUGGACCAUGCUGCCCCUGGCCUUCCCAAAACAUAACAUAUUUGAGGUCAGUGCAUCAGUUUGGCUCAGAAAAGUCUGACACACAAAGCGUUUUUAUCAUAUCUUUUAUUACACCCAGUGUAUAAAACUGUGGGGGCCAACAUUUUUUGGCAAGCAUGCCAUGAGAUAAGCCCCACACCCUCUCCAAGUGUCCCUCCAAUCCCCUUCCCUUGCCCAAUCUGCCCUCUGCUUUUUGCUCCCUGCCUGAUCUGCCCCUGUGUUCCCUGCUCCUUCCCCAUUCUGCUGUGUGCCACAAACAAUCUGCAUAUGCCACUUGUGGCAUGCAUGCUACAGGUUGGCUACCCCAAUGUAAAAGAUAUCCAAUGUUUUGUGAUGUGCAAUGAAAAAUAUCACAGAAAAAAAUAAUAAGAGACUGGACAGUCACCUCGCUGGGGUCACUUGACCUCAGUUGUCUUUUCUUGCCUAGCGCAGGGGGACCCAAUGAUCUACAAGGUCCCUUCCAGCCCCUAACAAUCUAUGAAUCUAUGAAUAAAAACGUUUUUGUGUUCAUUUCCUGGUCCACGACUACAACAGUUCUCCAAUUCUGCUCAGAAAAGUUUGCCAGCUUCAUUUUCUUUCUGGCAGCUGCUCAGAUCAUAUUGUCCUAUAGGGCUGUUGAACUGCAAAUUCUCUUCGAGUUGCAAAUUCAUACGCUCUUGCAACAACUUUCUCAGUCAGGUGACUCUCCAAAUGGGCAAAAGAUUUGGAAGAUUAUAGUCCCUGGUUUUAUCUAUUCCAUGGUUUGGGUUCCUCCAUGACUACCACAUUGUCAUAUGUUUUUUUAAAACCUCCACGCUCUGCAAAUGCUGUAGUUGACUCACCUGACACUUGAUGAUGGUGAACCUGCUAAACUGAAGUGUGGAAGAGGAGGGUCUCCUCUUCCACACUGCUUUUUCCAGACAAAAUAGAUCUGGCCUUGAUGACAAUACAGAAUUAGGAUUGCAUAAGAGUUUGGCUCAACCACAUUUUCAUACACUCUCCUAGCUCCCAUUUACUCUACAUAGACUCUGCCUUCCUGGCUUCCCACCCAGAAAUCUACAAUCUUCCUCGCAAAGCUGCCUUCCUAUACUACUCUGCCUCAGUUUCUUGUGGCUGUAUCUGGCCCAUUUAUAACUCUGGGUCAAGAUCCCAGGAAUAAAAAAUCCUUUCUUGGUCUCCCCCUGCAUGCUGCUAGUACAGUGCGAUAAUGCCUUGCCAUGAGACAGAAAUGUUUAUUUUAGUCUACAGUCAUCAAGGCCUUAGUCAUACACCAGAUUCUGCCACUGUAUCUUCAAGCAGUCCCAAGUGUCUGAGGCAGUUCAGCAAAAACAAGGAAUUCAUGAUAUUUUCCUAAUUCCUGUCUAUAAAAAAAAAAUCUGUAUUAAGUUUUGAGUGGCUCCUGUUAAUCCUGGCACCCUUCCCUGAAUAGAACCUGUGUAAGGAAUCCUUAAAAGGGCAAUCCUAGACCUUCCACAUAAACCAACUAUCUUCUAGUGAUAGGUGUAAGUUCUUUAUGCACUAUUAGAGGAACUAAAAUGUAGAAAAGGAACCUGAUGGUCAGAUAACAGGGCUUUUCUAUUAUUAUUAUUCUAUAAUACUUACAGGCCUGAUCCAUAGCAUACUGAAGUCAAUGGAAAGACUCAAGCACGUUACUAGGUGAAGCCAUAUGACUGUAUAGAAUGGGCUGAGGAGAGCAGGCGUCUUUCCAUUGACUUCAAAGAACUUUGAAUUGGGCCCUAAAAGUUUUUUCCAACAAAUAGUCAUUAUCAGAAUGACACCUUGAUUUUCCCCCUAAAUAAACAGAUCUGCUUGCCACUUACACAUAAUUUACCUGUGUUUAACAUACAGGUUUGAUUUUUUGCUUUUGGAAACAAUGUGCUGCUGGAUACAUUUUUCUGGGAGGAAAUGGACACCUACCUACACACAAAGCUAUAUAGCUAAUUUAUACCUUGUUGAAUUUAUAAUCUUGUCUAUGCUUCUAUGGACACUUUGUAUGGGCUGCAGCUCAAAUCCUAAAAUAGUAAAGAAUUUUUCCUUUCCCAUAUAGUAUUCUAUUUACUUUGACUUUAAAAAAGCGUAUAAAUGCAAUAAUGCAGGUAGACUAGAAAUACUAGAUUGAAAACUAAAGUAGUUUAGCUUGUCCCAUUGUGACUUACAGUGUUGUAUGACACCCAACGCUGUAUCCUAGCAUUCUCAAGGCUUCCUAUGUAGCUGAAUCUAGUAUUAGCUUUGAAACCCAUUGUGUGAAUGGCGGGUGGGUGGAUUGGAAAUGUGUACUCUAGACACACUGUAUGUUACUCACAUCAGAAGCUGUAUGGCCACUCCAUAUGCUGUGAAACUGUAAAUGAUUCCCAAUACACCUGUAACUCUUAUCAGGAUUGUGUGAAAUAAACUAUAUAUAUAUAUAUAUAUAUAUAUAUACACAUAUAUAUAUAUAUUGUAUAAUUCGUAAAGCGAG